AUGGAGUCGCGAUACGAAGCAACGGUUGCUAAAACUGCUAGACUUCGUGAAAACGGCUAUGAAGUAAUUGAGAUGUGGGAGUGUGAGUUUAAAAACACGCUAACACCCGAAAUAGAAUCAUAUGCCGAGAAUCACCGUCUUCUUUCUCUAUUACCCUUAAACCCUAGAGACGCAUUUUAUGGUGGUAGAACAGGUGCCACAAAAUUGUAUUAUAAAGUUAAGGAAGAUGAGAAAAUAAAAUAUGUUGAUGUUUGUUCGUUGUACCCCUGGGUUAAUAAGUAUGGCAAAUACCCUGUAGGGCAUCCUGAAGUCAUUUUAGGUGAUGAUUGUAAUCGUCUGGACUUAAAUAAAACUGACGGAAUAAUAAAAUGUAAAAUUCUUCCUCCUCAAGAACUUUACCACCCCGUAUUACCUUUGAAAUCAAAUAACAAAUUAAUGUUUCCUCUUUGUCGUACCUGUUGUCAACAUAUGAGCGAUGAAUGUGAACAUACGGAAGACGAAAGAGCUUUAACGGGUACCUGGGUAAUUGAUGAAGUGCUAAAAAGUUUAGAAAAAGGAUAUAAAAUUGUUGAGAUUUACGAAAUUUGGAAAUAUAAAAUUGAACAAUAUAACCCAAACACUAAAAGCGGUGGUCUGUUUGCUGAUUACAUUUCUACUUUUCUUAAAUUAAAACAACAGGCUUCAGGACUACCUACUGAUUGUAAUUCCGAUGAGAAAAAAGAAAAAUAUAUUAAAGAUUAUUUUGAAAGAGAAGGGGUUAGGUUAGAACCUAAGGAAAUAGAGUUUAACCCAGGCCUUCGCCAAGUAGGUAAAUCAGUAAUCACAUCAUUUUGGGGUAAACUAGGGCAGCGUGAAAACCAGAUGAAAACAUCUAUUGUAAAGGACCCAUCAGAAUUUUUCGACUUGCUAUCAGGUUCAUUUGUAGAAGUACAUAAUAUAUAUCCUAUAAAUGAAAAUGUGCUUAUAGUAAACUGGAUGUAUAAAGAGGAAGCUUACGAUCCUUUGCCUACUGUUAACGUUGCACUAGCAGCAUAUACCACUGCUCAAGCACGGCUAAAACUUUACAGCUAUUUGGAAAUGCUCGAGGAUAGAGUGUUGUACUAUGAUACAGAUAGUAUCAUUUAUAUAAGUAAACCGAAUACGCUCGAUAUACCUUUAGGAUCUUUUCUCGGUGAAAUGACCGAUGAGUUAGAAGAAUAUGGACAGGGUAGUUUCAUCACACAAUUUGUUUCCGGAGGUCCUAAAUUAUAUGCUUAUCGCGUAUAUUUACCUGAAAAAAACGAAUACCAUGAUACAAUUAAAGCAAAAGGUAUAACAAUAAACCACAAAACAUCCAAGACUGUCAACUUCGAGAAGCUUAGAGAUAUGGUUCUAGAUGAUGCCCCUCCAGAAUAUAUAUCUACAAAAAAUAUUUUAAGAACUCAGUGUCAUGAAGUCAUUACGAAAGAAAUUACUAAGGUUUUUCGUACUAAUUUUAGAAAACGAAGACGUGUCGGGGACUAUGAUUCUGUACCCUUCGGUUAUAAAAGAUCAAAACUCGAAACAAGUUAA